AUGGCGUCAGGACACAAUCAAUAUUGCCUGGGCUAUGCCCAAGUAAAACACCAUGAGUGGCGAUCUGCAGAGAACAGCAGCAACCAUCUCCUUCCCAAGCUGCAAGUAAUUGUCAAAGAUAAUCCCAAGCUGAAGCUUUUGGAUGUCGGUGCGGGGUCUGGUACCAUUUCAGCAUCCUUGGCGCGAUACAUGCCCGAGGGAGAAGUUACAGCUACCGACAUAUCAGAUGAGAUCCUCGCUCGAGCAAAGGACUACGCCAACUCUCAGGGCGUCACUAACAUUAAAUUCCAAAACGCCAAUGUUUUUGAGCUACCCUUCCCUGAUUCUACUUUCGACGUCACCCACGCUCAUCAGGUUCUGUGUCAUUUGGAUGCACCUGUCGAUGCGAUAAAGGAGAUGAUGAGGGUGACCAAGCCCGGAGGUACAGUCUCCCUCCGCGAAAGCGAUAUGUACAUGUGGUGCAUAUGGCCCGAAAUCCCAGCCCUUCUCAAGUUUCAUCAGCUCCAGAUCAAGAACAUUGAAGGAAAGGGGGGGCAAGGAAAAGGGGGUCGUCAACUUCUUUCAUGGGCCUUGGAAGCCGGAGCCUCUCGUCAAGACAUCACUUUGAGUUUUGGAACGUGGUGUUAUAGUACACCUGAGGAUAAGAAGGCAUGGGGAUCAGCAAUGAAAGACCGCUCUCUGACUGGCUUUGCUCGGGAAAAGGCUAUUGAGAUGGGUAAUGCCACUGGUGAUGAACUGGAUGAGAUGGCCAAGGCUUGGGAGCAGUGGCUUGAGACGGAGGAUUCUUCACUAGGUAUAAUGAAUGGUGAAGCAUUGAUCACGAAGAGAUAG